GGCAAAAAAAUCAAUUAAAAAAUUAAAAGAAAUACCUGAAAAGAUAAACAAUAAAAAAGAUAAAACUAUUGAAGAAGACGUGGUAUCUCUCUGCUUCGCGGGAAUCGGCGGCGUCCGGCGGGCGUUGCAGCUACGGUCAAGAUCGAGGCGGGCUACGAUCGACUGGGGCGCAACUAUUGACUACGGAAAAUAAAUUAAUUUGACUUAUUUCCUUCUUCCCCACGGCCAAAUCUGGCCUUAUCUUCAUCUCUCUCUCCCCCCCUCUCUCUUCCCCCCUUUUUUUCUGGUUUCUUCGCUUCUUUUCUCGACCAGAUCUGGCCAUAUGCUCUCUUCCCGCUCCACCUUCUUCUUCUUCUUCUUCUUCUCCUCCUUCUCCUUCUCCUUCUUGUAGAUUUGUGUUAGAUCUGUGGCUGUGGGGGCAGGACAGCGGUGGGCGGUGCGGUGGUGGUGAGGCUGAGGCAACGAUGGGCCGGCGAUGACGCUGGUGCAGCGGUGGGGCAGCAGUGGGUCAGGGGUAGCAGUGGGGCGGUGGGGCUGGGGUGGUGGAGGGGCGGCGACAGUGGGGGGCAAAAGGAGGAGUAACAGAACUGAAUGGAAGAGCUGGAAGUGAUACUGAGGGAAGCAUUUGGCGAAUCAUCUGGCAGCGAGGCCGAAGGCGAGCUGAGCGGACGAAAAAAUUCAGUUUCUGGACCGGCAAGAGGAUCGAUCUUCUCUGGAUCGAACCGGUCAUGGGAGCGGAUCACGGAGAUCAAUGGCCUCUGGAUUUGCAGAGAUUUCCUCACCUCCGAUCAGCAAUCUUCGCUGAUCUCAGACAUCCAAGCAGAAGGAUGGUUCGCCGAGGAAUCGCAUAACCAGGCUAUGAGGUUUGGAGACCUUCCAGAGUGGGCAGUUGAACUUUCCAACUCCAUCCGUGAAGCCAUUCUGUUUACAAACAGUGGGAAUAGCAAGGAGGCAAUAGGUCUCUUUCCCCAAGAUUUAUUAUGGAGGGAGCCCCUGUUUGAUCAGCUUAUUGCAAAUGUGUAUCAACCAGGUGAGGGAAUAUGUGCACAUAUUGAUCUAAUGAAGUUUGAAGAUGGAAUUGCCAUAGUCUCUCUGGAGUCUUCAUGCGUGAUGCAUUUUUCCAGAGCUGAGAGUGAAGAAGUUUGUCCAGGGGAUAAUGAACUUCAUGGCAGCAGGAGUCCUUCAACGAAAGUGCCGGUGCUCUUAACCCCGGGCUCCAUGGCAUUGAUGUGGGGAGAAGCACGAUACCUCUGGAAGCACGAGAUCAACCGCAAGCAGCCACUCGCCGUGGGGUUUCAAGAAUGGCAAGGCAGGGCAAUCACCCAGCAAAGGAGAACCUCUGUUACAUUGAGAAGGCUCUGUCUCCCGGACUAAGAGUUUGUUCUCUUCAACUUUCCUUUUUCACUUAUUACUUAUUCUUAUUGGAAUAAGAUUAUAACAGAAUAAAAUCGUUAUUUCAGAACCCAUAUCAUUGGAAUUAAAUCGUUAUUUCAGAA